CGCACCCACCUUCGAGGCUUCGACGUACUCAACCAUGGACGACGCCGCCGUGGCCACGGCCUCCGCCAACUGCCGCUGCAGCCGCAUGGUCUACGUCGGCAACAUCGCCUUCAACGCCACCGAGGAGGAGGCCCGCGACGCCUGCGAGCUGAUCGGCGCCGUCCUCUCCAUGCGCCUCGCCACCGACGCCGCCACCGGCAAGCGCAAGGGCUACGCCUUCGUGGAGUACGCCGACGACGCGACGGCGCAGAGCGCCUGCCGCAACCUGCAGGGCCACCUCCUCCGCGGCCGGCCGCUGCGGGUGGGUCUCGCCGACAGCGACCGGGCGCGCCGGCGCAAGGCAGAGCACGAGCCGGUCGGGCUGGAGGACGCCAUCCACGCCGCAUCACUCGUCUCCGGGCGCCCGCCUGCGCCCUCCAUCACGCGGCUGCUGGCGACCGCGAGCAGGCACCAUCUGCGAGAGACGUUCGAGAGCAUGGGUGCUGAGGCCUGCAAGGCUCUCAAGGAGCAGGUCCCUGGGCUGGCGGAGGCGAUGGAGCAGGUGCAGCAUCUGCUCGACAUGGCGGCCGCGGAUGACGCCGCCGAGGAGGCAAGGAGGAAGAAGCGGGCGGCGAGCGCCGCUGAAGAGUCUGAUGAUCAGCGCGCGAAGCUGAGGAAGGUGGAAGAUGGCGGGAAGGCUGCGGUCCGCCCAAUACUACCCUGCUUCUGACGACCAUGCGGAGGAACCAGAAAGUGCAUGAUCACCAUCGAUCUGUAGUUGCCCUAAAUCGUGUUCUUUGUUGUUCUUUCCUUACUAGUUCUUGAACUGAUAGAUCAGGCGAAACAAGCCUCUUGUACUACUGUAUAUCUCGUAUGAAAAUGAAAAAUUCCUGUUGUUCUUUCAUUUUCAGUUAUUUCUAUGUUAGAUUCU